AUGACAGCAGAUGAUGUGGGGAUGACAGAGCAGCGAUGUAAAGGCCACGUGGCAGCAGGUGUGGGGGCAGCAGUGCAGGCGUGUGGAGGCCACGUGGCAGCCGCCCUGCACAGCCAGGAGAGGCUAGACGCGGCUCUUGGGAGACUGGCAGCCGAGCUGGAUGGCAUACUAGAGGGUCUGCCCAUGCCGGUCAUGCCGCCAUGCACCACUCGCAUUGCUGCGAUGCAGAGGAGAGUACACGCCCUCACCUCAUCGCUCUCACGCAUCCACUUGACUCAAUCUGCCGUAAUUGCAUUGCUGCGAUGCAGAGGAGAGUACACGCCCUCACCUCCUCGCUCUCACGCAUCCACGUGUGUCUUUCUACCUCCAUACCUGCUCUCUUCCUCUCUUCCUUGGGUGUUGAGUCGACUCAAAGAACACCACUCGCAUUGCUGCGAUGCAGAGGAGAGUGUACGCCCUCACCUCCUCCCUCUCUCGCAUUCACACCCGCAUCGAGACAAUGAAAAGAGACCUUCGCUUUCGCAGCGUGCGCAGGGAACAACAAUCAGAUAA